AUGACGGACCUUACCAAGUAUAAGCUUAAUCAUUCUAUGCUCAGGAUCAAGGGUAUGCACGUGGCCAUUACACCAAUUUAUAGUCACUAAUCAAUUAACAGAUCCUUCAGCAAGUGUCGCGUUUUAUGAGAGACUUGGCAUGAGCGUGUUGCAGAAGUUCCAAUUCCCUGAAUACAAAUUAGAGCUCUAUUUUCUCGCCUACGGUAAUUAUCCGAUUUCUGCUCUAUGGUCUUGCUGUUGCCAAUAUUGACUCUUGUCUAGAUUCUCCCAAGUCCGUCUCUCAGGGUAAGCACACGAGUGACCGCGGGGGUGUCAUAGAAUUGAGUUACGAUUACAGUGUUGGAGAUACGCAUGAGGAGAACCAGCAUCCGAAAGGCUUCGGCCACAUCUGUUUGUCUGUUGACAAUGUUCAAUCUGCCUGCAGGGAAAUGUCCAAUGCCGGAUACAAGUCUCAGGAGAUGCUUCAAGACGGUUCCGCAUUCAUCUUCGAUCCGGACGAGUAUAGGGUCAAGCUCGUUUCGCAAAAUCCCAUCCAUGAAUCUGAAAAUGGGACAGACGUCCAGAGUUACAAGAUGAACCAUACCAUGUUGCAUAUCAAAGACAAAGACGUCUCGCUCAAAUUCUACCAGGAUGUUUUGGGGAUGACACUGGAAUAUACCUCUAAUAGUCCUGACGCUCUUUUUGAUAACUAUUUACUUGGUUAUGGCUCACCUGUUACAUACGAUAAUGUUCAUGGAACCGACUCUCGGAGGAAGCAUGAGGGAUUGUUGGAGCUGACCUGGAACCGUGAAACAGGGAAGAAACAAGGCGUGGUGUACGAUAAUGGUAACAAAGGUACAGAAGGCCUCGGUCACAUUUGUGUAUCAGUCGACGACAUAGUGGCUGCUUGUAAGCGAUUUGAAGAAAUGGGUGUCUCAUGGCAGAAGCGAUUGAUGGAUGGCCCCUUCCGCAUAGCGUUUAUUUAUGACCCAGAUGAAUAUGUAAGUGCUUUUCGGAUGUUAUUGCUGAAAUACAAUAGCUGUCUAUCUAUCUAACGCACUAUGAUUACUAACAACACAUAUAGCUGAUAGAAAUCAUUCAAAACGAAAGCUUCAAGCCUGCUGGGCACGAAAUUUAG